GUGCGCCCUCUCCUCCCUCGUCAUUCCACUGGGAAAAAUGGAAGGGCAAGCUGGGGUCAAGCGCGCAAAGAGGAACCGGAUCGCCUAUUCUUGCCUAGCAUGCCGCGAUCGCAAAACCAGGUGCGAUCGCGGGCGCCCCUGCAGCCAAUGCGUAAUGCGGAACGAGGGGCACCGUUGCUCCUUUGCCGAGAAGGCGUCUCGACAGCCGAGCUCGGGCAACCUCGCGGCGGCGGUUGCAAAUGAAGCUUUGUACGAAGACACGGCAAAUGACAGCCUGUUUGAGGAUACGACGAACCGGCUACACAAAGGGCGCAACAGCCCAGACACCGAAGCCGUGGUGGUUGGACUGCAGCAGAGAUUGACAAGGAUGGAGAGGCUCUUUGUCGAGCUCAACAACGUCCCGCCUUCGCCGAUCGCUCAGCCUCCAGCAGACCACCGAAUUGAAAAUGGCAGCAGAAGCGCGUUCGCGGAUGAGUCCAGAGAGGCCAACGAGGAGGAGAGAAUGCUGCGACUGUUUUGCACGGCGCUGCCUUCACCCACCGCACUGGACUUGCUCUUUGUAUCAUACAGAGACCGGGUGAAAUGCAUGGCUGGCCAUUUCGUCCACAUGCCCACCCUUCGCGACGAUAUUCAACGUCUUGUAGCCAUGGGGCCCACCCACGGUGCGAAAGCCAUCAGCCGGGGCGAGUUUGGCGGACCGGCGUGGCUCGCGAUGCUGUUCCUGGUACUGGCGUUGGGCCUGCGCCACUAUCCGACCAGAGCCGAAGUGGAAUUCUUCACAGAGCUUGACCACACAGCCACGGCCGGUCGUGAGCAGCUGUGGGCCGAUUACGCGCAACGGUGCCUGAACCUGUGCAUCCUCGACCCCCGGCCACAGCUCGAGCUGAUCCAAGCAAGCCUGCUCUUCUGCGUCUAUUCGUCCACAGGGGGACUGGAUGCCGCAGAGGCAGACGAACGUAGAGCAGAGGGGUCUCAGGAUGGGGGAGCGCACGAAUCGCAAAAGCAAAACCUGUUGGCAGCUCGCUUGCUCAAAAUGGCCAUCUUGCACGCCCAAGAGCUGGGGCUGCACCGCCUGAGCAGCGACAAGGGCAGUGACAAGCGGCAAUACCGAACAAAGGCCACGUUGCAAACGGAGAUGGGCAAGAGGAUCUGGUGGGCCUUGUGCUUCCGCGACUGGUCCUAUGCAAACACCAAGCAGAAUCGUGUGUCGUCGAUUGGCCUGCGCGACUUCACCACACCGCUUCCGGGCAACUACAACGACGAGGAUCUCAUCCCAAAAGAAGGAGAGCUCCUGGCCGAGCCCAAGCCCAGGGAUGGCUUCACAGAGGUGUCGUUUGUGCUCGCCAUGCUCGACUACAUUGUCAUCGUCAAGGAUCACUGCGAGGUGCAGGCGGCAGCUGGGCCAAGGACUGUGCAGGCCGAUGCCGACGCCAUGGCCAGCGUGGCAGCUCGCUAUCAAAGUCUGAUCGCGAGACUACCAAAGUACUUUCAGGUGGGUGAGACGGCAGCCCAGCAUCCAAACUACUGGUGCAAGGCCCUCGAGGUGCAAAAGUGGCUCCUGCAAAGCGCAAUCUUUAGUCGCCUCAUCGCAAUCUAUCGCGACACAUCAUGGACCGACGCGGUCGGCCGAUCGACGUGCGCCACGUUUGCUCGGGGCGUCCUUACGCUCCAGCAGGACCUCCGGUCGCGGCACUCGGUGGUCGACCGGCUCUGGACGAAUCUGUCGCAGAGCUACGUGGCGGCAGUCGUGCUGUGCGAGCACCUCAUUGCCGAUCCAGACGUGCUCGAACGGUCUCUCUUCUUGGAGCUGAUCAACGAGGCGAUUUCAGCCUUGCUCCAAAUCGCAGUCGAAGACCCCACGGCACUGCGCUGCGCACGAAUCGUGCAGGCGCUUCUUCAGCACGUUCGCGACCACCAGCGGAGUCGCUCUGGGCACCCAUCUCCAGCGCCUCUUGGGCACCUGGCUAGGAAACUCGUUGAAACAGCACCUCGGCCCGAGGUGAAAUGGAAAGAGCAGCCCGCCUUUACGCCAAACGGACUCGAUCUCUCGUUCAAGUUCCCAGAUGCGCCAGCGAACGACGGCUUGGCGUACAUCUUCGAUACAUGGUCCCACUUCGACAAUGCCGCUCCUCCACCCCCGAUUCCUGCCGCUGCGUGGGACGCCAGAGCAAGCGACGACUUUUCAGCCGACGCCUCUCUGGACAAGACGUGGCGAUGGUUUCUGGACCAAGGCAUCUUUUCCAUGUAGCGCCAUGCUUCACGUACUGCUUCCCACCCUUUCUUGCUAUCGCUCGCAAAGUUGUACAACAGCUCUCUAUUGUAUAUCCCAAUUCCUGAUCUUCGACAGUAAACGACAGAAACGACAGGCUGCCGCGCCAUGACCUGGGGUAGCAAGGAAGGAGAAAUGGUAUUCUUCCUAGGCAGGCGAUGCGGAAGCAGGACAGACGAGUGACAAGCUGAGCUAGAAAU